AUGGAAAUUGAAAACCCAAACCCUUCUGUAGAUCCUCAACCGCAAGAAGAAGAACGGCCGAACCCCAAGAAGCUAAAAAUGUCCACCACUUCCGACGACGAUGAAAACUAUGACAAUGCCUCCGCUGCAGCCGAUGAAGGUGCCGUACUUCCAAAAAAACCCAGAUACAAGCGCCGCAAAAUAGCAAUUUUCUUCGCCUAUUGCGGAGUGGGAUACCAGGGUAUGCAAAAAAAUCCUGGAGCUAAAACCAUCGAAGGUGACCUCGAGGAGGCCCUUUAUCAUUCGGGUGCAGUUCCCGAGCAGCAGAGGGGACUUCCGAAACGAUUUGACUUUGCCCGGUCCGCUCGGACAGAUAAAGGCGUCAGCGCCGUUGGCCAAGUGGUUUCGGGACGGUUCUAUGUCGAACCCCCUGGGUUAAUCGAGCGUUUGAAUUCAAUUUUGUCGCCUCAGAUUCGGAUAUUUGGGUUCAAACGUGUUACGGGGGCGUUUAAUGCUAAGAAGUUCUGCGUUAAGCGGAGGUAUGUUUAUUUGAUACCUGUCUUUGCGCUUGAUCCAUCUUGUCAUCGAGAUAGGGAGAGUGUUUUAGCUAGUUUGGGGUCUGAGAAUGAGCUCGUUAAAUGUUUGGAGUGUUCGGAAAGAGGCCGUAAAGUUUUUGGAGUAAUGGGUAAAAGAAAUUUUUAUUCAAAAUCCGAUUUUGAAGCUGUUCCCGUUGAUUCAAGCAUUACAUUGGACAGAAGUGCUUUAUUUGAAUUGGAAAAUGAAGAGAAGGUUUUUAUUAAAACUUCAGAAAAUGGAAAUGGCGAAGAGAAGAUUGUUAUUAAAACUUCAGAAAAUGUAAAUGGCAACAACGAAGCUGAUGAUAAGAAGUUAAAUACUGAAAGUUUGAAAGAAUUGGAUGAUGGGGCUGCCCAAAGUGAUAAAACUGAGGAAGAUAAAGUUAGCAGUGGAAGCAUGGAUGGCAAUGCUAAACCAGAGAAAAGGAGCGAGUUUUGUUAUGGAGAGCAGGAAAGAGAGAGAUUUAACAGAAUUUUGAAGUUCUACGAAGGAACGCACAAUUUUCAUAAUUUUACUACAAGAAUAACAGCUGAGGAUCCCUCUGCAAAGAGAUAUAUCAUUUCGUUUAAUGCAAACAACAUGGUUAACGUAGAAGGCGUUGAAUUUGUGAAGUGUGAGGUGAUUGGGCAAAGCUUCAUGCUUCAUCAGAUAAGGAAAAUGAUUGGCCUUGCGGUUGCAAUUAUGAGGAAUAUUUCUCCUGAAUCUUUGAUUGAAACAGCUUUUGAACAGAAUGUGAACAUUAAUGUGCCAAUGGCACCUGAGGUUGGAUUAUACUUGGAUGAAUGCUUCUUUUCCUCAUAUAAUCAGAAAUGGAAAGACAGCCAUGAAGAAUUAUCCAUGAAGGCUUAUGCAGAGGAAGCAGAAGACUUCAAAAUGAAGUAUAUCUACCCUCAUAUUGCAUCAACAGAGCACAAGGAUGGAGUUGUAGCCCUCUGGUUGCAUUCUCUAAACUAUCGUAACUAUCCCGAUUUACGCGGUUUAAACAACGGUCAGAGCACCGAUACGAAAUGCAAUGAAGUUGUGGACAAUGGCCAAAACACUGAUGUGAAGCAUGAUGAAGCUGUCGUCGUGGCCAAGUAA